AACCUCCUCAUCCACCAGCACAUCCACACUGGGGAACGUCCCUACACGUGUGGAGAAUGUGGGAAGAGCUUCAGUGGCAACUCCCACCUGAUCCGACAUCAGCACAUCCACAGUGGAAAACGGCCCCACACAUGUAGGGAAUGUGGGAAGAGUUUCAUCGAGAGGUCCAGCCUCCGGAGACACCAGGGCAUCCACACUGGGGAGCGGCCCUACAAGUGCUUGGAUUGUGGGAAGAGGUUUAGAACCAGUGGGAAUCUCCUCCUGCACCAGCGGACGCACACAGAUGAGAGGCCCUUCCGCUGCACCGACUGUGGGAAGGGCUUCAAGCAGAACUCCCACCUUGUCGCCCACCGGCUCAUCCACACCGGGGAGAGGCCCUACAAGUGUGGGGAGUGUGGGAAAAGCUUCAGGAUGAGCUCCCACCUCCGCACCCACCAGCACUUCCACACCGGGGAACGGCCCUACAAGUGCUUGGAAUGUGGGAAGAGGUUUCAGACCAGCUCAGAUCUUCUCAGGCAUGAGCGGACACACACAGAUGAGAGGCCCUUCCGCUGCACUGACUGCGGGAAGAGCUUCAACCAGAACUCCACCCUCGUCACCCACCGGCGCAUCCACACCAGGAAGAGGCC